AUGACACGCUCCCGCUCCCACCAAACAACGACCCGGCGCGUGACCCCCACGCCCCCACUCGAAAUCGAGAAGCCCCUCCCCAACGGAGAUCUCUACAUCGGCACGUUCUCCGCCGGCUUCCCCCACGGAUCCGGCAAAUACCUCUGGAGAGACGGCUGCAUGUACGAAGGCUCAUGGAAACGAGGCAAAGCCUCGGGGAAAGGCAAAUUCUCGUGGCCGAGCGGCGCGACCUACGAGGGAGAGUUCAAAUCCGGGAGGAUGGAAGGCUUCGGGACCUUCACCGGCGCCGACGGCGACACCUACCGAGGAACCUGGGCGGCGGAUCGGAAACACGGCCACGGGCAAAAGCGUUACUCCAACGGAGACUUCUACGAAGGCACGUGGAGGAGAAACUUACAAGACGGGAGGGGAAGGUAUGUGUGGAGAAACGGGAAUCAGUACACGGGAGAGUGGCGAGGAGGUGUGAUUAGUGGGAGAGGGUUGUUGGUUUGGCCUAACGGCGACCGUUACGAAGGUCUGUGGGAGAACGGUGUGCCGAGAGGGAGUGGGGUGUUUAGUUGCGUUGAUGGGAGUUGUUGCGUGGGGGCGUGGGAUGAGAGUGAUGUUGUGAGGAGUUUCUUUGAGAGGAGUGGGUUGGUUGUUGGGGCGACGAGGAAGAGGUCGUCUGUUGAUAGUGGAGGAGGUGGGGAGAAGGUUUUUCCGAGGAUUUGUAUUUGGGAGUCUGAUGGUGAAGCUGGGGAUAUUACUUGCGAUAUUAUUGAUAACGUUGAGGCGUCGAUGAUUUAUAGGGAGAGACUGUCUGUUGAUCGUGUUAGGCAGUUUAAGAAGAAUCCUUGUUGGUUUGACGGUGAGGUUAAGAAGGCUGGGGUGACUAUUUGUAAAGGGCAUAAGAAGUAUGAUUUGAUGUUGAAUUUGCAGUUGGGAAUCAGGUACUCUGUUGGGAAACAUGCGUCGAUUGUUAGGGAGCUUAAGGUAACUGAUUUUGAUCCAAAGGAGAAGUUUUGGACGAGGUUUCCGCCGGAAGGGACUAAGACUACGCCGCCGCAUCAGUCUGUUGAUUUCAGGUGGAAGGAUUAUUGUCCUUUGGUGUUUAGACGUCUCAGGGAUCAUUUCCAAGUGGAUCCAGCUGAGUAUAUGUUAGCUAUAUGUGGAAACGAGGCUCUUAGGGAGUUAUCUUCGCCCGGAAAGAGUGGAAGCUUCUUUUACUUAACGCAAGAUGAUAGGUUUAUGAUCAAGACUGUGAAGAAAUCGGAAGUCAAGGUGCUUCUGAGAAUGCUUCCAAGUUACUACAAACAUGUCUGUCAAUAUGAAAACUCCCUUGUGACUAGAUUCUAUGGUGUUCAUUGUGUGAAACCCGUUGGUGGCCAGAAGACUCGGUUUAUCGUCAUGGGAAACUUAUUCUGCUCCGAGUAUAGAAUCCAGAGACGGUUUGAUCUCAAAGGGUCUUCCCAUGGACGGAGUACAGCAAAGCCUGAAGGCGAGAUUGAUGAGACCACGACUCUAAAGGACCUUGAUCUCAAUUUUGCUUUCCGUCUUCAGAGAAACUGGUAUCAAGAGCUUAUGAAGCAAAUAAAACGAGACUGUGAGUUCUUGGAAGCGGAGAGAAUAAUGGAUUAUAGCCUUUUAGUUGGUGUUCACUUCCGUGAUAACAACACAGGAGAAAAGAUGGGUCUUUCUCCAUUCGUUUUGAGAUCUGGUAGGAUAGAUUCAUAUCAGAAUGAGAAAAUCAUGCGUGGUUGUCGCUUCCUAGAGGCUGAACUUCAAGACAUGGACCGGAUUUUAGCUGGCAGGAAACCAACGAUAAGAUUAGGUGCAAACAUGCCAGCAAGAGCGGAACGAAUGGCCAGAAGAAGCGACUUUGAUCAGUAUACAUCAGGAGGAGGAGGAGCUAACUAUCCAUCUCACGGUGAGAUGUAUGAAGUGGUACUCUACUUUGGUGUCAUUGACAUCUUGCAAGACUACGACAUUACCAAAAAGAUUGAGCAUGCUUACAAGUCGUUACAAGCGGAUCCUGCUUCAAUCUCAGCCGUUGAUCCUAAACUCUAUUCCAAGAGGUUCAGAGAUUUCAUCAGUAGAAUCUUCAUCGAAGACGGCUAA